AUCGAGAAAACAUUGAUUUUCGUUCCAGCUCUAUUUUGGACAAACUUCUGGGCCGCAGUUGCUGAAAAUUCGCAAACCCGCCCCAGGAUGGACAUGAUAAACAAGUUCUACUCGUCCGCCGUGCAGACGGUGUCCACCCUGUCCGGCGUUCUGCCCGGGAACAACGUGACGCGGGAGUACGAGGUGCUGGAGCAGGUGUGCACCGCCGGAGUGGGUCUCAUGUGGAAGGUGUACAAUGGACACAAGAAAAGCACCAAGCAGGAGGUGUCCGUCUUCGUCUUCGAAAAGAAGUCUCUGGAGCGCUGGUCCAAGGACGACCGGGAGACGAUGCUGGAGACACUGCGGCGCGGAGUACAGCAGCUGACCAAGAUCCGUCACCCACACGUCCUAACCGUGCAGCACCCGCUGGAGGAGAGCCGAGACUCCUUGGCUUUCGCCACUGAGCCCGUGUUCGCCUCGCUGGCCAACGUCGUGGGCGACAAUGUGCGCUCUGAGAAGAAGUUGUACGACGUGGAGAUCCGACACGGACUUCUGCAGCUGUUCGAUGGCCUCCAAUUUCUCCACCAAGACGCCAAGAUCGUGCACCGCAACAUCAGCGCGGAGACGAUUGUGAUCAACAAAAACCGAAGCUGGAAGCUCUUUGGAUUCGACUUCUGUAUCGCCAACCAGCCGGCCACGGACGGCACUCCUCACUGGCCUUUCCGGGAAUACACCACCUCGCUGCAUGUCCUGGCGCAGCCCAGUCUGGAGUACACGGCACCGGAGUUGGCCCUGAACAGUGUCAACACCCCGGACAGUGAUCUCUUUUCGUUGGGCGUUCUUAUAUUCACCAUUUAUGCCGGCAAGCCCCUGAAGAUGUUUGGCAGUGAUUACAGCAGCUUUCGGCGCUACGCCAACGAUCUUAACCAGCGGAAGUAUCCUCCCAUGAACGCAGUGCCCAGCGAUCUGACCGAGAGCCUCAAGGCGCUGCUGCACCCCAGUGCCAAUAUGCGGCCAAAACUGCACGAACUUAAACAGAUUGCGUAUUUUCAGGACGUCGGAGUGAAGACCCUUAGCUACUUAGACUCGCUCUACCAGUGGGACAACCUGCAGAAGUCCAAGUUUUACAAAGGCCUGCCGCAAAUCAUUCCCACGCUGCCGCACCGCGUCAAUCUGCACUCGAUCCUGCCCUACUUGGUCAAGGAGUUCGUAAACUCACCGAUGAUUCCCUUCGUGCUGCCAAAUGUUCUGCUCAUCGCUGAAAUGAGCAGCCAGCGGGAGUACUGCGACCACAUUCUUCCGCACCUGAAGCCCAUCUUCAAGCUUACAGAUCCCAUUCAGAUUCUGCUCAUCUUUAUGCAGAAGAUGGACCUCUUGCUGAAGCUCACGCCGGCGGAGGAGGUGAAGCUGAGUGUACUCCCGCUACUGUAUCGCUCACUGGAGUGCGACAUGCCACAGAUCCAGGACCUUUGUCUGGCGGUGCUUCCCACUUUCUCCACCCUGAUCGACUACAACGCCAUGAAGAACUCGGUGCUGCCGCGCAUCAAAAAAUUGUGCCUGCAGAGCAGCAACGUAUCAGUGAAGGUUAACUGUCUGAUUUCCAUCGGCAAGCUGCUGGAGAAUUUGGACAAGUGGCUGGUGUUAGACGAGAUUCUGCCCUUUUUGCAGCAGAUUCAAAGCCGCGAGCCCGCUAUAAUAAUGGGGAUUAUUGGCAUCUACAAAAUCGCCAUGACCAACACCAAACUGGGUAUAACCAAGGACGUGAUGGCACACAAGUGUAUUCCCUACUUGGUUCCCUUAAGUGUGGAGAACGGCCUCACCAUAGCGCAAUUCAACACAAUUAUAGCUCUGAUUAAGGAGAUGCUGGGCCGCGUGGAGCAGGAGCAGCGGGAGAAACUGCAGCAACUGUCCACUAUACAAAGAGACAAUAAACCCAAAGACGCUUCCGAAAUACUGGCCAACGAACUGGAGAGUUCUACUCUGUCCCCAAGCGGUGUCAGCAAUGGCAACAAAAUCAACGAUGACAUGUUCUCCGGAUUCACUGUAGGCCAGCCAAAAGCGGCUACCGCCGCUCCCUUGGCGCCCGCUAAGGCUAGGGAACAGCUCAAAAUAUCGCACAGCACAAUGUCGGCGCAGCCAGCAGUCAGGCCGGAUAUCCUCUCCUCAAUGAUGCAGAGCAACCUAACUGGGCUGGGCACCACUGCCGCGGCAGCAGUUUCUGCACCAUCUCCUGCACAAGUGCCGACCAACAACGGCUGGCACAGCGCUAAUCCGCUGGUGAUGAACCAUCAAUUGGCCUCGCCCCAGGCCAGCAACAACAACACCUUCUCGCUGGACGAUCUGGACCCAUUUGCUGGCGGAAGAGCCGCUGCAGGUGUUCCCAAGCCCAGCAACACAAACGGUGCCAAUAUGUACACGCUGCAGCAGCCCACAGUCAACUACAUCUAUCCAACUGGCUAUAGUCUGAACAGUAUCCAGCAGCAUCAGCAGCAGCAGCUCCUGGGAAAACCCAGCCAGGCUCCCACACUACAGCCGCAAACGCAGCCCCUGUUGGCAUCGGAUAACCAAAACCUCAACGCACUUUCCCAGCAGGACAUACUUAACUUCUUGAACUAGACGAAAUCGUAGAUAUGUAAUUGCAUAUUCCAUAUAUCCUAUUCAAGGCAACUAAAUUAUUAUGUUGCGUCGUUUUGUGCAUCACAGAAUUCUAGGCCUUAUCUUUGGGCAAUUCUGGCCGUUUUCUUUCAAAGACUAUGGAAACCAAGUAUUAAAUCCAUUUAUAAAAAUCUUCCCUCGGAUUUAAGCCGUGCAAAACGACCCAACUUAAUAUUCACUUAUACAUAUAUUUAUACAUUUAAAUUUAUCCAUGAAUGAGUGUGAAUGUCUCGUCUAUAUGUGUGCGUGUUUGUUAAAAAUGUUUUUAAUUAUACUACUUUAGAUUUUAACACAGAUCCGCUGGAUUCUUGCUCGUUGCCCCACAUUCCGCAAUCGAUAUCAAGUGUGAAAUGACACGAAUGCAAGUAGUUAAAUAGAAUACAUAUGUAUUGUUAGCUAGACAAAAAGCCAACCAACUUUGUUCUGUGCAUUGUGCAAUUGCUCCUUACUUAUGUUUUACAAAAUAUAUCAAUUUAAAAAAAAAAAAC